CACCAUAAUCCAUUCAUUCACUCACUAAUGUGCAGUCAACAGAGUCCCAUAACAACCAGUGAGACAUCCGAUGCGAAGCAGAGCCGACUCUUAUCAAGAAACAGGCACGUCACACCUUUGAAAGCUCUGGUCGGUCGACAUGCCGGAACACCUAUCAAGUCACCACCCCUCACUGCAGCACCGUCCCCCUUUCAAUGACGUCACUCUCGAGACCGAAUGGCCGAAGCGCACGGCGGGCGGCACCAACCGACACAGUGUAGCGGUCGGCGAGCGGAUGAGAUCCAUCAGCUAUAGGUGCCUCGGUCGUGAACAAAUACUUCCCAACCACAGGUGAGCAGCGAUGGUCUCGUUGGAUCGCCAGCCGCUCACAAUGACACUACGAAAAACAAUCGGAUUCGCAUCAUUCAGAUUGCCCCCAUCGUAGCGGAAGUCGGCGACGAUGCCCAGACCCUCUGUGAUGCUAUCGGUCAGCAGCACACGGCCAUAGCGAGGGUCACCGCGGCCGAUGUCUGCACGCAGCACCAUCCUGCGGCCCAUUCCCUCUCCAUCGGGCCACCAGAGGAGUCGCCUGUGCAGCAGGAAUGCCGAGAAGAAGGGAAAGAGAUUGAGGCCGCAGCGGAUGACGGGGUCGGUCCGCUUGUAGCCCUCAGCAUAAGGAUGCCCGCCCGGCAGCUCACCAAGAGACACCACACGAAACGGACCAGAAUUGCCGAUCCAAUAGAGUCCGUUGUCAUCGGCUUGCUGCAGCGCCAGGCUGGUCCUUCUGUGUGUGAGCAGGUGGCCGAACAGCCGAUAGAUUGCCAUCGCCAAUGGCAGCUGGUGGAAUGCCGUCCUGCUGGGAAGGUGGGCUGUCAGCCACUGAGCCGACAGCACCAGGGGCAGCCCAUUGGCAGGCGUCAGCCGAUAGAUGGCGGCCAGCCGGAUGAACCGCCCCAUCCCAGGCCACUCGUUGCUGCCCUGCUCCAGCACAUAGGCCGCCCGCAGCACACAGCUGAAUGGGAGAGGGGCGGUGCGGUCGAUGUCGAUGAGGCCGGUGAGAGAGUGGCGGGCGAGGGAGCCGACGAUGCGCUCCACCAGCAGAGCGGCGGUCACCAGAGCCGCCUUCACCCGGCAGGUCGCUCGGACACAGACCGCCUCAUGGACGAGAAGGGACGGCAGAAUGCGCCUCCGCCACAGGUCGUCGGGCACCAAAUCAGACAUCGUCACGACUCAGUCAGUGAGCGCAUGACAACAACCUUCCUGACAGCACACAGGACACACACAUGGAAGCAGAAAUAGAGUGCAUUUCGAAUCGGCUUGCGUGGUUCUUCUCUCACCCUUCACAAGUUGACCACGUGCAGUGCAGGAGGCACAACGAC